AUGCAGCGAAAUCUAGCAACCUUUCACCUACCCCCGGAACACAGGAGAAAGCUUCAAGAAGCUGGAUUUCAAACUGUCAGCGACAUUAUUGAAGUCUCCCCGAUAGAGCUCAGUAAAGAACUCGAAAUCAGCAAAGAAGACGCAUUGGAAAUUCUUCAGUUGGUGAAAGGCACAAACAUUACAUCAUCGACUGCUCUAGAAAAACUGAAAGAGGAAAAGGAAUUGCCGUUCAUAAUAACAUUCUGUGAAGAAUUAGAUACAAUUCUUGGCGGGGGAGUGCCGUUGGCAAAAAUUACCGAGUUCUGUGGGGCUCCUGGGAUUGGCAAAACUCAGAUAGGCAUACAAUUGGCAGUUGAUGUACAGAUACCGUCUGUAUUUGGAGGCGUUGAAGGAGAAGCCAUUUAUAUUGACACAGAGGGCAGUUUUAUGGUACACCGUGCUGUUGACAUAGCACAAGCUACUGUCAGUCACUGUAUUUCUAGUAUAGAAAACAAUCCAAAGUUAAAAGAAGUUUUGAAUGAUUUCACAGUUAACAGUAUUUUAUCUAAGAUUUACGUCUAUAGAUGUAAUGAUUAUAUUGAGCUUAUAGCAACUGUCAAUCUAUUACCACAGUUUUUAACUGAACAUCCUCGGGUUAAACUCAUUGUUUUGGACAGUAUAGCAUUUCAUUUUAGAAAUAAUUUUGACGAUAUGGCGCUUAGAACCAGAUUAUUGAACGGCCUGGCGCAGAAUCUGAUUCGCAUGGCAUCCCAGCAUAAAUUGGCUGUGGUGUUAACCAAUCAGAUGACGACAAAGAUAAAGUCAGAUGAUAGAGGUCAAAGUCAUGUUGUGCCAGCUUUGGGAGAGAGUUGGGGUCAUGCUAGUACACUAAGGAUUGUACUAUUUUGGCAACAUAAUCAGAGAUAUGCAAGACUGUACAAAUCGCCGUCAAGAAAAGAAGCCACAGUUCCGUACACUAUAACAAUGGGUGGUAUUCGCAGUAUUGGUCAACAGAAUAUUGACAAAGAACACAAAGAUGGUGACCAUGGUGAUGAUGAAUGCAAUCCUAGAAAGAGGAUGAGAUUAGAUGAAUAA